AUGCGAGAACUGUUCCAUGCUGAGACGGUGGACGAGUUUCUCUACACUAAAGUCGAUCCAGCUCUUCAAAAACUAAUCAGCUAUGCAAUGGCUUUACAAAGGUUACGGAGUAUUCGUACAUAUGAACGACGUCCUUUCAAAAUUAUCCGCAAGAAUUUUGCUGCGAUAAUUGAACAACUUGAACAGGAACAAAAAGAUUAG